AUGAGUGGACGGUCAAGUCGCACAAUUUAUGUUGGCAAUCUUCCUGGUGACAUUCGCUUGAGAGAAGUUGAGGAUCUUUUUUACAAGUAUGGUCCUAUUGUUGACAUUGAUUUGAAGAUCCCUCCAAGACCACCAGGCUAUGCAUUUGUAGAGUUUGAGGAUGCUCUUGAUGCUGAAGAUGCAAUUAAAUAUCGAGAUGGUUACAAUUUUGACGGUUUUCGGCUGCGAGUUGAACUUGCACAUGGUGGACGGGGAUAUUCAUCAUCAGUAGACCGAUACAGUAACUACAGUGGUAGCAGUGGUAGUCGCGGAGUUUCCAGGCGUUCUGACUACCGUGUUCUGGUCACUGGAUUACCUCCCUCUGCUUCAUGGCAAGAUCUAAAAGAUCACAUGCGUAGAGCUGGUGACGUGUGUUUUUCACAAGUCUUCCGUGAGCACGGUGGCAUGACUGGGAUAGUUGAUUAUACCAAUUAUGAUGAUAUGAAAUAUGCUAUCAGGAAACUUGAUGACUCCGAAUUCCACAAUGCCUUUUCUCGAGCAUACAUACGAGUGAGAGAAUAUGAUCGAGGUUAUUCUAGAAGUCAUAGUUAUGUUUCAAGGAGGAGCUAUUCUAGAAGCAUCAGCCGAAGUCCAUAUAUCUCACGAAGCCGAAGCCACAGCCGCAGCCAUAGCUAUACUGACACGAGCAGAAGUUUGUCUCCAAAAGCAAAACACUCUCGGCGUUCAAUAUCUCUCUCAAGGUUUAUCUUGGAGUAUGUUUCUAUCAGCUCUCCAAGACUUAUCAGCAAAACUCGUCGUAUGUGGAAAGGUGGAGGGGACAAUGUUGAAAUGAGGCCUUUUGCGGCGAUCUGGGAACUGCAUGUUAGGAUCUUGAUGGCAUGUGGUGCUCAAAGCCAACCUUUUUGGUUUGAGGAAUUCUUAUUGUCCUAUAUUGGGUUGGAUGUAUCCCUUGUAAUCGGUUCAAGAUAUCAUGCGUUGCUGACCAUAGAAUUCUUAACACAUCGCAUUCAAGAUCUAGAUCUUCAAAUUCAUCUCCCCGACCUCAUCAGAGCCGCAGUCCUAGGCAAAUUCCGAGGAACACAUCAUAAACUGAUUUGGCUCGAGGGAAAUCUGACCGGGCUAGACUGUUGA